GGAGAGGAGGAGGGGCAGCAGGCGAGGGAGGCCAGUGAACAUGCAGACCACUGGAGUGUGUGUGUGUGAUGGCCACAAGUGUACAGCCGCGGCCCCGUCCUCCCACCAUGACCGCUGACAGCACCACCAGUGUUCAUUAACGUGCAGGAAUGGUCUCUACCACAAAAUAGCGUUGAGGUUUUACAGUGAAAAGCUUGUGGAUUCUUGAGGCCUAAGCAAAAUUCUUUGUUGCCAGUGAUUCACAAGGCCCCGUAUCUCCUAUUGGCUCAUUUCCUCAAAGAAAGUGUUAUUGAGAUGCUUACAGAGGUCUGAAAGACUAUAAUAAAGGCCAUAGGUACGUUAAAGUAUCAGAAGCGAGCAUUUACCUGGGUUACUGCAUCACCUGGCCACCCUCUCUCUCUCCUGCGACAGUAUGGUCAUACCCAUGGACACCAUGGGUAAGGGGUGGGUAGGGAAGCAGAAAAUGGGAAGUGGUACAUCAGGCUUACAUAAAUUCUGGCUACUUCUGUGGAAGAACUGGAUGCUACAACGCCGAAAAAAGAUUCAGACUGUGGUUGAGGUUUUUCUCCCUGUGGUGUUUUGCGUCCUCCUGGUUAUUAUUCGGGACCUAGCACCGUACGGCGUCAUCCCUAACCCCACUUUCUACGAACCAUUCAGCAUUUCUGAAUUACCGACAAAUUUAGUGCCAAAGGAUGGUGGUGGCUUUUUUGAUGGCCUAUCAAAGGAAAUAUUUGGCGAUUCACUAGAUCGACGCAGAAGGUCAUUGCAUGUUUUGAACUCGAAAAGUCUUUCAUAUCCAUCAGGGCUACAAAAGUCCCCUCUAUCAAAUCACUCUCAGUACAAGAAAUACUUGGAAAAAUUAAAAAAAUCAAAGCACAGGAAGAAGAGGUUUUUAGAUUUUUUUGAUUUUUGGGGAGACACUAUCUGGCCACUAGCAUACUCGCCCAAUAACACAGCUGUACACAAGUUGAUGUCCAUAGUGACAAAGAGACUCAGUGUUGAUAUUGAAGCAGGCUUUGGUUUUUCAACUGAAGAAGAGCUGGUGAAAUACCUCACCAGGUUCUCUAAGAAGAAUGAUGAAGAUUCUAUUGAGGACGUUCUGGGAGGUGUUGUGUUCACCAAUGCAUUUCCUGACGACGAUAUUCUUCCUGAAAAAUUAAAUUACAAAAUCCGAUUGAAAGGCUCAUUGCGGAGUUCUGAAAAAAGGAAUCCCUUUCUUCCUCCACCUCAAUGGUACACCGAGCUCUCGUAUCCACUCUUCCAAGUUCCAGGUCCACGAGACCGGGACAAGAAUAAUGGUGGAAGACCUGGCUACUAUGAUGAAGGAUUUUUGGCUAUUCAACAUGCAGUUGACAUGAGCAUUGCAGAAUAUUUUAGUGGCUUAAACCCUGAUCGUUUUUAUGCAGUACAAAUGCAGCGAAUGCCAUACCCAGCCUUCAUAGAUGACAAUUAUCUGGUGGCAUUACAGGCAUGGUUGCCAUUUGUUCUUCUCGUAUCAUAUAUUUAUCCCGCUAUCAACAUUGUCAAGAGCGUUGUGUAUGAGAAAGAAAAAAAACUGAAGGAAUCUAUGAAAAUGAUGGGUUUACAAAACUGGUUACAUUGGUCUGCCUGGUUUAUUAAAUCUUUCAUGUUCUUGGCUACAACUACAGCAUUUAUCACCAUCCUUCUCUGUAUACACUGGCAUGGAGCGGGAAGCCUGGCGGUGCUGAGCAAGAGUGACCCGUCUCUAUUGUUUGUGUUUCUUCUCCUGUAUACAACCUGCUCCAUUAGUUUUGCCUUCUUCCUCUCUACACUCUUCUCAAAAGCCAAUAGUGCAGCCGCAGCAACUGGCCUGGUGUGGUUCUUCACGUAUGUCCCGUACAUGAUACUCCGGCCACGUUAUGCCACCCUCACAUUCACUAACAAGAUUAUGCUUUGCCUUCUCUCCAAUACUGCUAUGAGUCUUGGGUGCCAGCUUACUUCCAUGUUUGAAGGUACUGGUUCGGGCAUACAGUGGAAUCUCCUCUUCAGUGGGGUCUCUCCUGACGACUCUUUUACUCUGGCUCACGUGUUUGGUAUGCUGAUCUUGGACGUCGUUGUCUUCUCAUUCUUGACAUGGUACAUUGAAGCUGUGUGGCCUGGAGAAUUUGGAGUACCACUGCCUUGGUAUUUUCCAUUUCUGAGUUCAUAUUGGAUUGGGAGACAGAGAGAGAAUCUGCAUCACAGUGUAAUCCACCCUAUUGCACAAGAUGCUAGUCUCUUUGAAGAGGAGCCACAGGGAAAACGUGCUGGAGUGCAAGUUGAAGGUCUUACCAAGGUGUUUCCACGAGGUCAUAAGGUUGCUGUAAACAACAUGUUUUUGAAUAUGUAUGACGGCCAGAUAACAGUACUCCUGGGCCAUAAUGGUGCUGGCAAGACAACAACGAUGUCCAUGUUAACAGGCCUUUACCCUCCAACAUCGGGCACAGCACGUGUGGGAGGCUAUGACAUAGUGUCAGAGAUGGGGGCUGUGCGACAUUCUUUGGGCUUGUGUCCACAGCAUGAUGUAUUGUUUGAUGAGCUUACAGUUGUUGAACACAUUAAAUUCUUUAGUAAGUUGAAGGGACUGUCUAGUGAUAAAGUGAAUGCAGAAGUGAACAACAUGGUAGAGAAGCUUAAGCUGCAAGACAAGAGACAUGCCAUGGCAAAAACCCUGUCUGGAGGAAUGAAGCGAAAACUUUCUGUUGGUAUUGCUCUCUGUGGUGGGAGUCGUGUUGUCUUCUUGGACGAGCCCACAUCUGGCAUGGAUCCAGGAGCACGGCGACUUAUCUGGGAUUUACUUCAAGAAGAAAGAUCUGGACGUACCAUUCUUCUCACGACGCACUUUAUGGAAGAGGCUGAUCUUCUCGGAGAUAGAAUUGCCAUCAUGGCAAAUGGUGUUGUUCAGUGUUGUGGCUCUUCAUUGUUUUUAAAGAGGCAUUAUGGUGCUGGGUAUCGUCUGAUUAUAGUAAAAGAAAAGGGAUGUGAUGUGAGCGCCAUAACUGAUGUGUUACAAGCUCACAUUUCUGAUGCUGAACUGGAUCAGAAUAAUGGAGCAGAACUGUCCUAUGUGCUUCCUAAUGCUGACGUGGCAAAGUUUGAAGCUUUAUUCCUUGAACUUGAAAAACAGAAAAAACACCUAAUGAUUUCCAGCUAUGGUGCAUCUCAGACCACUAUGGAUGAAGUCUUUCUGAGAGUUGGUAAGGCAAUUGAUCCAGACAUCAUUGGUCAUCUCCACAAAGCUGUUACUCCAGCACCAAACGGCAAGAGUAAAACUAACGGCAAACUCAACAGCGUGGAUAGAGAGAAUGGACUAUUACUUGACAUUGAACAAGGUGACGCACUGCCUGAAGUGGCAGAUGUGCAGCAGAAUCAAGGGAGAGUGACAGCCACUUGGUUUAAUGCAGCCAUUCAACGUGUCACACUUGUCAUUGAAAAUGCCAAAGAUGUGGCCUCCAACCACCUGCAAUCGUCUACGCCACGCCGAGUACCAUUGCAGAGAAAUACUGGUUGUUUUCUUCUCCUGCAGCAGUUCAGGGCAAUGCUGGUCAAGAAGAUUUUAUACACAUUUAGAAACCUCUUUCUCACCUUAGCACAGAAUGUCAUCCCAGUUUCAUUCUUAAUUCUGGCUCUGGUUGUUGUUCAGACUCUGCCUGGAGUUAAUGAUUCACCACCACAAGUUCACUUUACUCUGGAUAAAUUUGAUGGCACAGUCUCCACCCUUCAAGUACUUCAAUCAAACAAUUACACGGAGGAUCUAGAAAAAGCCAUCGAGCCGAGUUUUUCUGAACGUAACAAGAAAGUUGUAAUUCAACCAGAUACCAAUUUCUCAACAUUCAUCCUAAAUCAGACAAGUAGUGACCUUCCAUCUUUUAACCAGCAUUGGAUAGUUGGUCUACAGAUUGAAGGUGUUAAAGAUGGAGCCAACAUCUUGGCUAUUUUCAACAAUCAACCCUUUCACACCCCACCAUUGGCUCUGACCAUUGCAGAUCGUGCUGUGUUAAAAGCUAUGACAGGGAAGAGAAAUAUUUCUGUCUCAACGGCUAAUCAUCCAUUACCUAGAACUGACAUAGAAAAGUUAACACAAGACCAGCGGCAAAACUUGGGUUUUCAGAUUGGCUUCAAUUUGGCCUUUGGAAUGUCCUUCUUAGCAGCUUCCUUUGUAAUAUUUAUCAUCCAAGAACAUAGUACUAAAGCCAAACAUCUCCAGUUUGUAUCUGGUGUGAAUUUCAUCACAUAUUGGACUGCCUUAGCUCUCUGGGAUUUCAUCCUGUUCAUGAUUCCUUGCUGUUUAUGUCUUCUAUGUCUGUCUGUGUUUGGUCUAAAGGGGCUGAGUGAAGGAGAGCAGCUGGGAAGAAUCAUGCUGAUAUUCGUUCACUACGCUUGGGUGACGUUACCUCUGAUGUACCUCUGCUCAUUCUUCUUCAGUGUGCCUUCUGCUGGAUUUACUAGAAUGAUUAUCAUUAAUAUAAUUUCUGGCAUGGCUACAGUCAUCACUGUGACCAUCCUUCGCAUACCAGAUCUGGAGCUUGGUCAUGUGGCAGAUCUGCUGGACUGGAUAUUUCUCCUUUUCCCAUCUUAUGCUAUGGCUGCUGCUAUUACUGAUGUAUAUAGUAAUUAUAGGUCUACAGAAAUUUGUAGCCGUUCCACUGUUAGCUUGAUAUGCUCCUUGGGGAUUGCUCCAAACCCCUGCUGCAGAGAAACUGGUGAAUGUGGAAGCUUUGGCUGUGUCAGCUGGAACCUAGAUUUUCUUGCAUGGGAAAAGCUUGGCAUUGGCCGAAUGUUGGUAUUCAUGGGUAUAGAAGGAAUUUUGUUCUACUUCCUCAUUGCCCUAACAGAGCUGAAAGUCUUCCAGAGACUCAGAUACUUAUUAGCUCGAGUUUGGCAUAAAGUGGCUGUUAAGCCUAUGAAAGAUUCUGAGGCAGGAAGUGACUUGAUUACUGAAGAUGAAGAUGUCAAGGCUGAGAGUUUACGUGUACAUAAUACCCCUAUCGACCAACUUCAGCAGACAGAUAAGCUAAUUUUUAGGGACCUGUGCAAAAAUUACGGUGGAGACUUCAUGGCAGUGAACCAUCUCAACCUUGGAGUACCUCUAGGCGAGUGUUUUGGCCUUCUUGGAAUUAAUGGAGCAGGAAAAACAACAACAUUCAAAAUGCUUACUGGGGAUCUACCUGUAUCUUCUGGUGAUGCAUUUGUGAAUGGAUACAGCAUUAAAUCUGAUCUGAAGAAGGUUCAGCAGGAGAUAGGAUAUUGUCCGCAGUUUGAUGCACUACACGAUCACAUGACUGGUAGAGAGUCACUUCGCAUGUUUGCACGCCUGCGUGGAGUUCCCGAGCGCCAGAUUGAGGAAAUGAUUAAUAGUCUUGCUGAGCAACUUCUUGUUACACACCAUUUGGACAACUUGUUUGGCAACUACAGUGGAGGAAAUAAGCGUAAAUUGAGCACUGGAGUGGCUUUGGUGGGAGACCCUCCACUGGUGCUGCUAGACGAGCCAUCAUCGGGGAUGGAUCCUGUGGCGCGAAGGUUGCUCUGGGAUGUCCUCACUUCUGUAAGGGAUGCUGGUAGAAGCAUUAUACUCACCUCUCAUAGCAUGGAGGAAUGUGAAGCGCUCUGCACUCGUUUAGCCAUCAUGGUCAAUGGGAAAUUCUGCUGUAUAGGAUCACCACAACACUUGAAGAACAAGUUCAGUGAGGGCUACUCUGUCAUCAUCAGAGUUUGUAUGUCUAGUUCCCAAGAUGGCCAUGACCCUAGCCUUGCAGAGAUGCCACCAGAAAUGCUGACUGUCAAACAUUUUAUUGAAAAAAAGUUUCCAGCAAACCAUUUGAGAGAAAUGCAAUGGGGACGGUUGGAAUAUUUCAUUCCUGUUGAGGGCUGCACAUGGUCGUCAGUGUUUGGUACAAUAGAAAGAAAUCGCCACGAGUUGCCAAUUAACGAUUACUCGGUUACUCAAACCACACUUGAAAGGGUUUUUCUGACAUUCACCCGUGGACAAAGACCUGAUGGAAAUGACAACAGAUAGGGGCAGGACUGUCGUUAAAUUCUUAAUUACAGUAAGAAAUAGCUUGUCAAUUAUAUUGUAAAAGUAUUCAACUUGGUUUCAAUACAAUAUUGACAAGCAAGUUGAUACUAAAUGUUAGUACAGUAUUAGCUUGGACACACACUAGUCAUGGAAUGUUGUAUUUUUAAGUAUGAUUGGUAAGGUAAUGUGAGGGUUGGGCGAGUAUUUGAGCUUGUAUUUUAAAGGUAUUUAAAAGUAAUUUUUUAAAGCAUCAUUAAACAUUUUUGUGAUGUGCAAUGCUCAUGUUAAUAUUUGCCAAAA